UUUAUUGAUCCUGAAAAAUAACAAAUCCUAUCAGAAUGAGAUGGUUAGCUACCGUUUGACCAUCCGACAGAGUUUGUUUUAUCCUGAUUGGUUGGUUCUUGUCGCCUUUCGUCGAUAAGAUCAGAAAAGCUUUAAAUAACUACAAACUGGAGUUUGUAGUUUGUGGUUGUACUUUUAUUCUGAAGGAUUUAGAGGAAAUGAGUCUACCACCAACCCCUGACAAAACUCUCAGGGAGUGCAACUGUUUUGAUGUCAAAGUUGACUUAGAUUCUCACUUUACUUGAAUAUUUGAUGCUACUUUUUGUGACUACUCAACCACAUCUCUGGGUUAAUAUAAUUUUUACUCCACUACAUUUGUCUGACAGCUUUUCUUGCAACUUACUUUUCAGCUUACAAUAUUAUACAAUUGUAAUGACAAGUAAGAGCCAGUUCACAUCAGAUCACCUCGGGGCACCACCCUGGAAGGAAGGAAAAGAGCCAAUUCACCAAAUCAGUCUCAGAAAGAUACUACAGUGUCAGUUUGUAAAUCUAAUAAUUAAAUUAAUAACUACAAUCUAAAUGAUCAUAACUGUAAGCUGUAAUGGUGGAAGGGUUUUUGAGUCUUUGACAGAGUCGAGUUUGGCAAUAUUCACUCUUGUAUAAUAUUAAAUAGACAGCAUGAAGGUCCAAAACACAAACACCAAAAUUAUCCAUCUAGGAAAGCACACUACUGAUAACCUGAGAUCAUAGUAACAUGCCAACAGUGAACAAGUACAGAUUGAGCACAUGUGCAUUACAUCAGAGUAAGAAGUCCUUUGCUAUGCCAUGCUAUGUGUCAUCUAGGCCCAACUUAACAUUUCCAGUCUUUGAAGAAAAGGUGCUGCUGGUUCCUCAGCUGAUGAGCCAUGCAGGAGAAUUUUGGCAUUCCAGUGUUGAAUGCUGUUCAUGCUGUGCAAAGUCUGAUGAAAGAUGGUGGACGGAGGAAACUGGUCGCUCCUUUCCUUUGCAGAAAUAGCAGCUCAGUGCUAACUCGCUAUGUGUUCCUUGUUUGGCAAGUGGAGGAUAGAAAAAGAUGUCACUGACAACACCACCUGAGUUUCUCCCUGGGAAAUAGUUAAUUGCUUAAAAGGAAAUAAGUACCUUUGUUACAGGUCGCACAGUCCGUAAAUACCACGGGCAAGAGACAUUUUUGAAAAAUAAACUCCAUUUUAUUUCACAAAUACAUCACAACAUCAUCAACAACACCACUGGCUGACUCAGGUGCUGCUAGACUGGUGAAUGAAGGGGUGAACGGAGCUGGGCUACCUCACGCCCAAACUCAAAUCAAAAUGGAUGAUUAACAAAAGCACCUGUGACACCACGCACACACACAUUAGUGAAGAAAAAGACCCAUCACCAGGGACUGGGUCGCCGUCAGGGGCCCACAGCACCCGUCCACAAAGAGAAAGAGAAUAUAAACAAGCCUCACAGUUCCAGCACAGCCACUUUAAAACACACACAAAAACACACUUGAAUUCCUUCACUUGGGGCAAGGACUCAUUCCCCACCCCGAGUAGGUCAUCCACCAGUUUCCCUCUGAGAACCAUGGCCUCUGAUUUAGACAGUAGGUGAUUUGUUGAUUUUUAACAGGGGGUGGCCCAAUGGGAGCACCGCUCUGCCCAGACACACCUAUGUACACCUCCCAAAGGACAUUGUUGCAGGACGCCUUAACUAUAACUGUGACAUUUCUAAUUCUACAACUUCAUUUUAUCCAGUUGUCUUCCUUCUCUCCCCACAACAACUGUCUUUUUAGAACUGUAUUAAAGUAAUGAGUAAAUACACCUUUAAUUUGUAUGCAGUAGACUGAGUUUAUUCAGGCAGGGCUUUCUGAUGUUUCUCACAAUACACUGCAACCAGGGUCAUUUUAAGUUACAUGACUCACAUGACCCCUUAUAAUUUUUUACCAUCUAAAUUCCUCGAGGGACACACAUUGAACAUUGUGCAAAAUAGCAGAGUGCGACUGAUUUCUUGGUCUUUAGCUUUAUCGAUUUACCAGCUGAACGGUUUAAAACAUUAUAUUUAAAUAUAAUGCAGGUAAACAUGCCUGAGGUAAUUACAAGUUUGUGUUAUGACAUAGUUUGUCCAGCAAACUUUGUGCAUUUCAAAGGGGGAUAAAAUGGCUGAUGUCAGGAAAUGUAAAAGGUACCUCACUAAUGGUUAAACUAUAAGCCAGCACAAAAAUGACAAUUGGCAACAUAACAUAAGCCACCAUGUUCUGAACAGACACAUUUAAAAUGCUAACAAAAAGUAACAUUUUGGUUUUAGAAUAUUAACAGCAAACUUUUGUUGAUCUGGUCAUUUUUUUGUUUUUAUACAAUGAGGAGUCUGUACAGGGUGUUUUAUUUUGAAAACUGACCGGAUGCUCUAUUUCCUGCCGGCGCGAUCUGCUCCGCUUGUUGCAGCUUCUGUCCAAAAUAAACUAGGCAGCCGGAUCGCAAAGCAGCCGUGCCCAGCCUGACUUCACUGUGUGUCGGAGCUGAUCGCGGUCGCUUGUGAUUGGUAACACUCUAUCUGCUGCUUGUGGAUGGAGAGAGAUGGCAGGUUAACAAGGAGCAUGCUUUUUGGUAAUUUUGCUAACAAGGGGGACGGCAUCCCCCCUCAUUCCCCCUCAAAUCGCCUACUGGAUCUAGAGGUGCUGAUCCUCAUCCCUGCCACUUCACACUCAGCUGCAAACUGAUCUACAGCCAAUGGUGCCAUUAAGACCACAUCAUCUGGAAAAAGCAGUGAUUCGAUCCAGCAUCUUGGAGUAGACUUUCCCCAAGCAGGCUGAGUAGUGUGAUACCUCUGUAAUUGGCACACACCCUCUAGUCCCCCUUCUUAAAGAGAGGGACCACCACACCUCAGCACUGACCCCGACCCCCACGUAAUGUUGAAGAACUGUGUCAACCAAGACACUCAACACCCAGACCCUUCAGCAUUUCUGGUGGUAUCUCAUCGAUCCCUGGGGCUUUGCCACUGUGGAGUUGUUUGACUACCACAGUGAUUUCAGCCAGGGAGAUCGGCGAUGAUACCCCAUCAUCCUCCAGCUCUGUCUCUGUUACAGAGGGUGGCUGAGUGGGAUUCAGGAGGUCACCAAAGUACUCCUUCCAACACCCUAUGACCUCCUCAGUUGAAGUCAACAAGGUCCCCUCCUUGCUGCACACAGCUUGGAUGGUUCCCAGUUUCCCCUCCUAAGGUGGCCGACAGUUUUCCAAAAGCACUUUGGCGCCACCUGAAAGUCCUUCUCCAUGGCUUUGCUGGACUCACACUCACUGCUUUGCCUCUGCCACAGCUGCAGCUGCUGCCCUUCAGGCCCAUCAGUACCCCAAAACUACCUCAGGAGUCCCCCAGCACAACAUGUUCCUAAAGGACUCCUUCUUCAGUCUGAUGGCUUCCCUGACCACCGGUGUCCACCACGGUGUCCGAGGGUGGUCGCCCCUUGAGGCACCUAAGACCCUAUGGCCACAGGACACAGCUGCAGCUUCAACAAUGUAAGCUUUGAACAUCAUCCAUUCAGGUUUGAUUUCCUCCACAGGGAUGAUAGAAAGCUCCUUUGGAGGUGGGACUUUAAGGUUUCUCGGACAGGAGCCUCCCCCAGACGUUCCCAGCAUACCCGCAGUACUCGUCUGGGCUUAACAGGUCUGUCCAGGGAUUUCCCCUGCCUCCGAACCCAACUCACCACCAGGUGGUGAUCAGCUGACAGCUCUGCCCCCUCUCUUCAUCGGAGUAUCCAAAACACACGGCCUCAGAUCAGAUGAUACGAUCACAAAAUCGAUCAUUGACCUUCGACCUAGGGUCUGGUACCACAUACACUUAUGAGCAUCCAUGAACAUGGUGUUCAUUACAGACACAGUUUUCCCUCUAGCCCUUAGGCGUAGGGUGACCCUCUCAUCCACCAGGGUAAACUCCAACAUGGCGGCGCUCAGCUGGGGACUUGUGAGUAUCCCCACACCUGCCCAGCUCCUCACACCUUUGGCAACUCUGGAGAAGAAAAGUGUCCAGCCCCUAUCCAGGAGUUUGGAUCCAGAUCCAAUGCUGUGCGUGGAGGUAAGCCCCACCAGAUCCAACCGGUAAUGCUAGAGUCAGCCUCUGCUGCCCAGGUCUGGGUCGCCGAGGCCUGUCACCACCACUGCCACCCAUGUGGCAGCGCACCCAACCCCAGCGGUUUCUCCUGCAGAUGGUGGGUCCAUGGGAUGGGGGAGGGAAAAGGCAGACCCGGCCACCAGGCACGCACUCAGGGGCCCUCCGUCCAGGCCUGGCUCUGGACGUAGGCCCCGUGCUUCCUCCAGAUUGAAGAAAAUGUCCUCAGAAAUCAUGGACGUCGCUGCCCUGGGUCGACCUUUCACCCUAGGAAUGCUCUAUGAUGCUCGCAGAGAUGAACUGAUCCCAGGUUUUACAUUGUGGGAUCAAAAAACUCUAAAAGACAAAACAGUCGAAACAUCUCAACAAACCAGUAACUUUGAAGUCUCUGCAUCUGACUCCAUUGAAUCCAAGUCCUCGCUGAUGGAUAUUGAAGCUUCUCUGAGGCUGAGUUACAUGACUAAACUGGUCAAGAUUGGAGGAUCUGCCAAGUAUCUGAAUGAUACGAAGAAAUUCAAGAAUCAAAGCAGAGUGACGUGUCGGUACAACGCUACCACACACUUCAAUCAGCUGUCAGUGACUCAAGGUGAAACCAUGAACCCCCAACAGAUAGAGGUCAUCCGGAAGGGCACGGCAACACAUGUAGUCACAGGAAUCCUUUAUGGGGCAAAUGCUUUCUUUGUGUUUGACAGUGAGAAGUUGGAAGCCAGCAGCGUUCAGGACAUCCAGGGCCACAUGGAGGCUGCGAUCAAGAAGAUCCCCACAUUUAGUCUUGAGGGAAAAGUUGACAUCAAGCUGACUGAGGAAGAAAAAGAACUGACCAACAAAUUCUCCUGCAAAUUCUACGGAGACUUCAUUCUUGACAGAAACCCUGCAACUUUUGAAGAGGCAGUGAAGACCUAUGUAGAGCUUCCAAAGCUGCUGAGAGAAAAAGGAAAAGGUACUCUUCCCCUGAAGGUCUGGAUGAUGCCUCUGAAGGUCUUUGACACGACUGCAGCUGAGCUGAAGAGAGAGAUCAGCGUUGGAUUAGUGUGGAAGUUGCAGAAUGCUCUCGAAGAUUUAAGAGAAAUACAAAUGAGAUGCAACGAUUCUCUGGAAGACACAGUGGUACGGAAACUUCCACAGAUCAAAAACGAGUUCAGCAAGUUCCAAAACUGUUGUGAUCGUUAUGUAUCUAACCUCCAGACGACCAUGGCGAAGAAACUUCCCUCCAUCCGUGAUGGUGAAGAAGACGAGAGCUCAGUAAAGAAACUCUGUGAAGACAGAAACAAGUCACCAUUCAGUCAUGAAAAACUAGACAAGUGGCUGAAUCAUAAAGAGAGAGAAAUCAACGUCAUCAGGUCCUGUGUGGAAAUGAUGAAGGGAACAAAGAUCGUCCAUAAUGAGUCAGAGCUGGACAGAGAGGUUCUUGCUGCAGGUGUCGAUGAUGCUCUGUGCUUCGUCUUCACCUCCCUGCAGAGUGCCGACCCCGUCCUGCAUGAGAUGGAUAAUUACCUGGAUUCAGUUAGAGGAAGUACCAGUGAAGUCCCAUGGUACUACUCAGGUGAAGUUUUAACCAGAAUGAGAGAAAAAGCCAAAUCUUUCCAAGAUAUUGCCAAAUCCUUGAAGAGCUUCCGUUUCCUGGUAGCGGCCAUCAGAAAUGAGAAAUACACCGGAGCAACAAUCUACCACUACAAGAACGGCAUUCUGCUGUCUGAGGAUUUCUCAAGGCCGGACAUCCCUGAUGUGAAGACUGUCACAGACAGAAGAGCUUUACUCUGGUACGCCUGUGAUCUCACUCUGGACCCAGACACAGCAAACAACUGGCUCAUUCUGUCCGAGGGAAACAAGAAGGCGACACGUGGAUCAUAUCAAUCAUAUCCUGACCUCCCACAGAGAUUUGAUUACUGGCCUCAGGUUCUGUGCAGAGAGGGGCUGACUGGGCGCUGCUACUGGGAGGUGGAGUGGGGAAACAUGUAUAUAUUAAAUGGUACUGUAGGUGUUUGCUACAGAGGGAUGUCAACGAAAGGAGACAUUGACCAGAUCAAGCUCGGAGGGAAUAAACUGUCCUGGGGUUUAAAAUACAUCAAGGUUCUAGUUUUUCCUUCAAAAUUCUAUGCAAAAUAUGAUAAUCAGUUCCAUCACUUACCUGUUCCUCCUCCUCCCUUCACCCGUCUGGGAGUGUAUCUGGACUGGUCUGCUGGCACUCUGUCUUACUAUAAUGUCUCAUCUGACACUGUGAGUCACAUCUACACCCUCCACACCAAGUUCACUGAGCCUGUGUACCCAGGCCUCGAGCUCUGGGCAGGAUCCAGCAUGUCUCUGUGCCUGUAAACUUGUCGGCAUGUUUCAGUUCAGAUUCAGUUCAGUUCACUGAGAUCACAUGUAAUCAUUUCCACCACUUGAUCAGUGUGAAUCUUGUACCAUGUAACUUUAACUGGAGUGAACUCCUGCCUGAUUGCUCCUCAAGCUAUGAUAAAUGUAACAAAGUGUAUUUGGUUAAAUAUUCUGUGUUCAUCGGGAAAAUAAAACAAUUGAUCAGGUAGUGAAACUAGCAGAGGUUGCUAAUAGUUAACAGGCAGAUAGUCGGAGGGUCGUAAUCUGCCUCAGGACCUCAGAUGGAACAGAGCAGAUAAAGAAGAAAUUGAGUAAAAAUCUAGUCUCUAAUAUUAUGUGUACUUACUGUAAGUAUUAAAAGUACAAGAGAAAGUAAAUUAUAAAUAUAUUAACUGUAAAUUAUGAAUUAACUGAUUAUCAGAAUCCAUUUUUUAUUUUAACUAACUGUCGAUAAGAGAUGUGGAGUGGAAAUAUAAAUAGACAGAAAACAGUGAUGGAAUGUAACUAAGUACAUUUACUCAAGUAAAGUACUUAUGUUUAAAUAGGAGGUACUUGUACUUUACUUGAGUAUACUUGAAAUGUAGUCGAGUAAAGUGUAAAGUUGCAUCUUGUUCUCUGAAGCAACACGAAGACGCUCAGCUGUUGGUGUGAUGAGUGGUUUCGUCCACUAGAGGUCAGGAGUCACUUGGCUUCACUCUGCUGCUGCUCUGAGACUUCACGUCACAAACACAUGAACGUUUAUCAGAUAACAAGUUCAGGAAGUCAAACACAGACUGUCAGCUGAGUGUUCUUAAGAUCUGCAGCAGCAUAACGCCGAACAAAAGUCAAAAUUAUCAGAUAAAAGUCAUAAUUCGGAGAUGAUUAGUCAAAAUUGGGUUCAACUAAAUGUAUUAAUCAUAAAUAUUAUAUCAUGUUAAUCCAGUUUGUUGUUGGACUGGCAGAAGUGGUCUGUAUGUGGUGUUCUGGUUCGGUUCUUCAUGUUUCUGACACUAACAUGAAUAAAAGUUAUGACAUUAAACAUGAUUUAUUUGCGGUGA